AGGAAGUGCGACCUGCCGGCGGCGAGUAUCUUUCCUGGCAUUGCAGACACUUCAGUUCCGCGUCCAUUACACGUUGUUUCUGAGCCACCGCCACAUUCUGAAAAGAUAUCUUGAAACGAGUUUCCUUGCUAUCGAGCCGACUCUUGUAUGCUACACAGUUACUACAAAUAUCGUAGAAGAGCCACGGAUAUUAACGGGUAAAAGACGGUGGGAUCAUGGAAACGCAGAUCCAUGUGCCUGUCGGCUCGCCGCUCAUACGAAAGAUUGCCAUUUUUGUAGACGAGCACAACGUGACGGAAGGAGCAAUGAAGAUCAUGAAAGAGCUGAGACCGGAGUGGGACGUGAACUAUCUCAAGACGAAGUUCUUCACCGAUGGGACAACCAACAAACUGGUGGGUUGUUAUGUGGAGGAUAGUCCAGAAGAUGUGGUCUUGGUACGGGUUUAUGGGAACAAGACGGAGCUAAUUGUGGAUAGAGACAAUGAGCUUAAAAGCUUUCAGGUGCUGCAUGCCAAUGGUUGUGCUCCUCGUCUUUACUGCACUUUUCAAAAUGGCAUCUGUUACGAAUACAUGCAAGGGGAUGCUCUUGGGACACAAGACGUCAGGGAUCCUUCUUUACUCAGACUGAUAGCCGGAGAGAUGGCUCGUAUCCAUGCCAUCCACGCGCAUAACGGAUGCAUCCCGAAACCCAACCUCUGGAUUAAGAUGCAAAAAUACUUCUCCCUUGUGGCCACAGAGUUCACAGAACAAGCUUCCAACAUCAGAAUCCAGAAGGAAGUGCCGAGCAAGGAGGUGCUGGAGCAGGAGAUGGUAUGGAUGAAGGAGCAUCUUUCCACGCUGGGUUCGCCUGUGGUUCUCUGCCAUAAUGACCUGCUCUGCAAGAACAUAAUACACAACAACAAAGAGGCUCAUGUUCGCUUCAUAGACUAUGAAUACUCCAGUUACAACUACCAGGCUUUCGACAUUGGCAACCACUUCAACGAAUUUGCAGGCAUGGCAGAGCUGGACUAUGGGCUGUACCCAAGUCGGGAGAUGCAGAUGGACUGGCUCAGAUUCUACCUGCAAGCUUAUAAACUUUUCAGCAAGAAAACAGAAGAGGUCAGCGCUAAAGAACUAGAGACACUCUAUGUGCAGGUCAAUAAGUUUGCUCUGGCUUCUCACUUCUUUUGGGGUUUCUGGGCCCUCAUUCAGGCUAAAUACUCCUCCAUUGACUUUAACUUUCUUGGGUACGCUGUGUUGCGUUUCAACCAAUACUUCAAGAUCAAGCCCACAGUGAUGGCCUUGAAGAUUCCAGAAUGACAGGAGACGGACAGACGUCCAGCCAUGGGAGUUCUCAAUUUUGGACCGCUGCUUGUUCUUGAGGGUACUUUGCUCUGCAGCAAACCCUAAACACUUUCUUCAUUCCUCCCAAGCUCAAUAUUUGUCACAGAACUGAUGUUUGCGUGAGCGCUUGCUUGUUUAUGACUGUGUCUUGUUUGUCUUACAACACUGGGUGUCCUGCUUCCAGGCAGAUGAGCCCUCAAAUAGUCUUGCGAGUUUGAGAGAGCUCACUGGCUACACAGAGUUUGUCACUUCCUGGUAGUGGAAGUCACAAGAGAGGCUGCUCUGUGGAACGCCUGUGUUCCAUCGCCAGGUUCCUCCUCUGCUCAACAAGGCUCUUCUCGCCAUUGAAAAUGACACAAAAGUAAUAUUUGUCAUGUCUGCACUGUAGCGCCUUUCACUGCUCAGUGCUCUGAAUUAGUGCCUCAGCAGCCAUUAAUAAGAGCUGUAGUAGACACAAGUCUGUGUGCCCAACAUUGUAGGUUUUCUCUGAUAACGACCUGCGAUGUUUGGAGAUCUGCAAAAUGGAAAACCUUUUCAACGCCUUGUAGCAACCAUCGGGAAAAGCAGUGUAUGCCUAUUUGUUCAUUUAUUGGAAGACUCGUUCAAGAUCUCAGGUGAAGCAACCACAUCGACGGUGCAGUGACGCUCCCGUAUGAAGUUAGAUGGGAUGUGACCUUAAACUGCAUUUUUCCCCCAUCUUGACUUUUAUUGUUGCAAUGUGCCGCUUUGUUGAACUUUCCAGCUGAACUGACCAGACCUCAUGGAAAAUCACCACCUCGAACACUGAGCUCAGAAUGCGUCCUUCUCCUCACUUUGCUUUCAGAGCCUUUCCAUUUAAACAACCUCUAAAAAUGCUUUCCACAAAAUAUUCCUACAUUGUUGCAGACCAAUUUUAUCAGACGGUCUGAUUUAUGUAAUAAUUUUGUAAAAAUUGUGGUCUGGAAAAUAAUACAAGUGGAGAAACGAGAUUGGAAAAGACAUUUCUGUGACUGUCUUGAUUGGUGCAUUUAGAAUAGUGAUUUAACCCAUAGGGUCAAUCUGCUUGGUAAAUUUGCUGACGACGACCUAAUGUGAGAGCUUGCUAAAUACUCUGGUUGAAAUCCAGGCUCCACAAGUACCAAGUAACUUUCUCUGUUCAUUUUAUAAAUGUAAACACUCUGAGUGGACCUCAUUUGUUAAAUUUGCAGGAGGUUGUGGGCUCUUAUCUGCUUGCAUUGGUUUCCUGUGAAGAAGGGGACGUUAAGAACAUUGUGGCAUACUCUUAAAGGAGCUGCAAAUUAUUUCAACUAAAAAUAAAUAAUUGCUGCCCUUAAUCAGGCUUUCAAUGUGAGAAACGCAUGGUUUGUUAAUCUGAAAAAUCAUCUUUAAUGCUUCAAUGGGAGCAGUUUCAGCUUUAUUUUAACAGAAGCAGCAGUUAAAGGCACAAUAUCACUGCCAAUUCUGCAGACUUUUUCAAGACAUUACUGUUGCACUACCAUAUCUGUAAUGGGACCACACACACUCACCUACAUACGCGGCAAGCGAGGGACCUACAGUUUAAUUGUUGAAUGCAGUAUAGGGACUUUGUGUGAACCAUUAUUUUAAACCUGGAUCUGGUAAUGUUUGUUGGUAUCUUUUUUUUUUUUUUUUUUUUUAAUUAAAAUAUAAAUGAACUACUGCAUUGUCAGUGUAUGUGCUUAAUUGGGUGUCUGCUGAUAUAAUGGAAAUUUGCCCAAUUGCGGUUGAGGUUUUUGCACUGAUAUGGAUGUUUAGUCUUUAUUUUUGGGUUUCGAUAUGGCUUUGCUUCCGACACACCCAAAAAAAUAUUAACGGAAGCUUUUUGUUUUUAAAUGUCAAGCUGUUCUAUACAACUAUUUGUUUGCGCAACACCCCACAAACCAAGUGGAUCAGCUUAUCUAAAUUAGCAGAAUGCAUUUGUGUGGAACAGCCUGACAUAAAAAAAAAAAAAAAAGCAAAA